AUAUAUAUCGAGGUUCGUUUUCCUCCUAAUGUUCUUCCUUCCUCGUUGCUAGUCAUUCCAAAUCCCCCUCAUUCUCAAAUUCCUCCCAGCUGAUUUCCAAAAUCCUCUAUAUUUUCCUUCAACGAUCGUGAUUGCAUUUCAAUUGUAUGCGGGAGGGGCUAUCCAUCCUCGACCGAAUCACGUCACGGCCGUCGAUUCUAUGUAGGUUUGAUUCCCUCACUUUUCAACUCUAAUUCCAUUACUUUUCAAUCAUUAAUUUCUGAUUUACCGAGUUCCCCGAUGAUCGAUGGGGAGGGGACUCGUGGGGCCCCUGCCAAGGCUGCCUCUGCUGACCUAUCCGAUUCUUUCCCCCAACCGAAAUCGGACAGUGGAGGCGAUGCCUCACCCGUAUCUCCAUCUCCGUCGCGGUAUUCGUCAUGUGGAGAGUCGGAGUUCGAGCGCUAUUGCAGCGCCAACUCGGUAAUGGGUACCCCGAGCAUGUGUAGCACAAUCUCCGUGUUUAAUGACUGCGUGGAGUCGGAGUUGUUUGGGUCUAUGAGGAGUGAUAGUGGUUUAGAGAAUUUUAGUUUGGGAGGGAGGUUUGAUAGGAAUCAAGAGGACCCAAGACUUUCUGGUCUCGGUGAUGAAGAUUCAGGAGAUAGAAAUGUUGAAUUUUGCGAAGUAAAUAUGGUAGAUGAAGAGGCGAGGGUAAAGAGCGGAGCUAGUAGGACGUUGGAAUUGUAUGAUACUGGGGAACUUGACAUUUCACACGAAAUGAUAGCUUUGGGGGUUGCAAGUGGGUCAGUUGUGGGGUUCAAUGAUGAUUCGGUUGAAGUUGGACGAAGUGAAGACGAUGAUGAAGAUUCUAUAGGGUCCAGAGAAGAUGGUAAGUUAGGAGUAUUUCAGGGUAGCGUUGAAGGGAACCUGUAUAGGGACAGAGUUGGAGUAGGUUCUUCAUCUAGGUCUGUUGGUGAAGGGGAUUGUAGUUGCUAUGAUGGGUCGAGUUUGCUACCUGAUUUUCAGUUUGAUGGAAGGGCUACAGAGAGGGAGGAAGAGGGAACAUCAUCAAGAUAUGAGCAUUCAGAGGGUGAAGAUUCGAUGUAUAAUUAUGGUACAGAUGAUGAGUGUAAGGAUGAUUUGUUUGUUCAGAGAAACAUGCAUCAUGUUCGGGAAGCAAAAGUGGAGAAUGAAAAUCCAUUGCUCAUGAACUCAUCUGUGGCAUUUGGUUCUGAAGAUUGGGAUGAUUUCGAGCAAGAAAUGGAGGGAGGUACACAGGUUUCUUUCACACUGGAUGCAGUUCAGGACCAGAAAGAAAAUAUACCUAAAGUCGAGGGAAACCUUCAGAACUCAAAUUAUGAGUUAUUCGUCAGGGUUCCAAGUACUGAUCAAAUGAACCAAGGACAAGUUGUGGCAGACAUGCCUUUGGCCAAGAAACAAGAUGAAGGUGAUUAUGCAUUGGAUAAUGAUAUUGAUAUCUGUUCUCUGACCCCAAAUGAGGCUUCAAAUUUGUCUGAAGCAGAACAAAUAGAAGAUGUGAGGGACCAUGUUGAAACCAGUUAUCAAGUUCAAGGUGUUGACGAAUUGGGUGGAUAUACGAAAAAUACUUCUGUGAUUCUUACUGGUUCUUCCAAUCUCAAUGAACCAGAUCAAGAUCUGAGAGACACUACUGUUACCAACAAUCAAGUUCGAGCGGCUGACGAAUCUGAAUGUUUUGCAAGCACUGUCUUACAAAUGGAGCUGGAGCAACCUGCACAAGAAGUACCUGUGGAGAUGGCUUUGAACAUUGUGGAUGGUGGCAUGGAAAGGGGGCAUCACUUUACUAAAACUGAUGAAGUUAUUGGCAUUGACGACCGCCAAAUUUUAGAAAAUCGAGAUUUGGGGAAUUCAAAAGAAAAUUUGGAGCUCUUUGAUAUCACAACUAAUCAAUGUGGUUCCCACUCAACUGUAUCCCCUAAAAACAUAAACACCGAAUUAUUUGAAGAUCACAAGAAUAUGUUAAUGUCAUCAGUGUCUGAAAAUAAGAUGAAGAUAGUUUCCAAUCCUCCUGUUUCGGCUGAUCUUUCUGAUGGUCGUCCCACAUCACUUCAGGCAGACAAUCUUGAUAUAAAUGAAUUCUAUGAUGAGGUUGUUCAUGAAAUGGAAGAAAUCUUACUCGACUCUGGCAAGACUCCUGAGGCUAGAUUCUCUCAUGAUAAUACGAUGUUUCAGUCACAGCUGUCUCUACCUUUAAGAGAUGGCGGGUCAACUGCUUCUACUUCUGGUAUAGAUGAUUCUUGCCCACACAUUCAUCACUCAGUGAGAAUUGAUGGGGUUGAAGUGGUUGGUGCAAGACAGAAGAAGGGGGAUAUCUCCUUUAGUGAAAGACUGGUUGGAGUGAAGGAAUACACCGUGUAUAAAAUAAGAGUGUGGAGUGGCAAGGAUCAAUGGGAGGUUGAACGACGAUACCGUGAUUUUUUUACUCUAUAUCGUCAAUUGAAAACAUUAUUUGCUGAUCAAGGCUGGAUUCUACCUUCUCCCUGGUCUUCUGUAGAAAAGGAAUCCAGAAAGAUUUUUGGGAAUGCAUCUCCUAAUGUUAUAUCAGAGAGAAGUGUUCUUAUUCAAGAUUGUUUACGUUCAGUUCUCCAUUCCAGGUUAUUUUCCCGUACCCCAAGUGCAUUGGCUUUGUUUUUGUCCUCACAAGAUUCAUUUCCUAGCUCUCCCCUGUCAAAUACGCCGGUGCCCCAGUCUACAUCUUUUGCUAGAAGGGAAGACACAGAAAACAUUUCCACAUUAGGGGAGACGAUAUCACUUAUUGUUGAAAUUCAUCCCUACAAAUCUAUGAAACAGAUGCUAGAAGCACAACAUUAUACAUGUGCUGGAUGUCACAAACAUUUUGAUGAUGGGAAGACUCUGAUGAGAGACUUUGUACAGACAUUUGGUUGGGGCAAGCCUCGACUUUGUGAAUACAGUGGUCAAUUAUAUUGCUCUUCAUGCCAUACAAAUGAGACUGCAGUCUUACCUGCCAGAGUUUUGCAUCAUUGGGAUUUUACCCUAUAUCCAGUUUCUCAAUUGGCUAAAUCGUAUCUGGAUUCUAUUCACGAUCAGCCCAUGCUUUGUGUUAGUGCGGUUAAUCCUUUCCUAUUCUCAAAGAUCCCAGCCCUGCUUCAUGUUAUGGCUAUCAGGAAAAAAAUAGGAACCAUGCUUCCAUAUGUUCGUUGUCCAUUUCGUAGGACCAUCAACAAAGGACUUGGGUCUCGAAGAUACCUUCUUGAAAGCAAUGACUUUUUUGCACUUAGAGACCUCAUUGAUCUUUCCAGAGGGGCCUUUGCAGCAUUACCUGUGAUGGUGGAAGCUGUCUCAAACAAAAUCAUGGAGCAUAUUACAGAGCAAUGCCUCAUCUGUUGUGAUGUAGGAGUCCCCUGUGGUGCUCGACAAGCUUGUAACGAUCCUUCUGCUCUCAUUUUUCCGUUUCAGGAAGCCGAGGUUGAAAGGUGUGCAUCUUGCACAUCAUUAUUCCAUAAGCCCUGCUUCGAAAAGCUCACAUACUGCUCUUGUGGGGUCCAAAUUAGGGUGGAAGAGGGUGCAAGCUACAGGCCCGGUGGUGAGGGUAGUAGAGCUUUGGGCUUGCUGGGGAGGAGAUCCAAUUCUGGGCUAUCUGUAGGAUUGUUCUCUGGACUGUUUGCAAAGGCAAAACCAGAAAAGAUGGAGCAUAAAGACGGUGAUAAUGUAAUAUUAAUGGGUUCCUUGCCAAGCACUUCUCUGUGAUCACCUGUAAUUGCAUUUGUAUCAUCCAUUAUUGUACUUGAUCUGAAAACAACAAGGUCAUUUGUUGUGCCUAUGGGUAUUAUAUUCAAUAAUUGAGUGUUGGCUUAGCCCACGUAUUGUUGUAGCUAAGGUGAGAAUUUUUUCUCUUUCUUACUUGGCUAUUAGUUGCAUCUGUAAUAGGCAAUGUUUUGUAGACAAAGGGAGCUCUUCUCGCUAUAUGGCCGAUACAUCUUUGUUCAUAA